UCGAUUGAUUGGAAAGAAAAAUUGAUUUGAUUUUUUUUUUGUUCUUGUUCUUGUUCUUCUGUUUUUUUUAGGCAUAUUACCAUCAACGGCAACAAUGACGAUGACAACCGAACCCUAUCAUACUACAGCCAAUCUCGGUGAAAAUGUCAUACUACGAUGUGUAUUUGAUUUUCCUGAAGGUUUUCGUGUACCAUAUGUGAUACAAUGGGAAAAGAAAGGUGUUAAAAUACCAAUAUAUAUUUGGUAUGAUGGUUAUCAUCCACAUAUUGGUGAAGGAUAUGAAAAUCGUGUUAGCCUUAGUGGACGUGCAUCGCUCAAUUUAACCAAUGUUCGUGAUACUGAUCAAGGAUGGUAUGAAUGUAAAGUAUUUUUUCUAAAUCGACCACCUGAACCCAUUAAAAAUGGUACAUGGGUUCAUCUUGAUGUUCUCGCGCCUCCACAAUUUCGUGUAAAACCACCAGAUGUGAUAUAUGUUAAAGUUGGUGAAUCGGUUACAUUACCAUGUGAAGCAUAUGGUACGCCUACUCCACAAAUCACUUGGUAUAAGGAUAAUAAACCGUUAAAAGCCAACUCAAACAUUCAAAUCUAUAAUCAUGAGCUUCAAAUUGAUAAUAUACAAUUAUCCGAUAUUGGUGAAUAUCGUUGUACUAGUCGUAAUCGUGAAGGAUCAAUAAAUGCCAUUACAAAAAUAAUUAUUGCCGGACCAGCUGUGAUUACAUUACCACCACCACGUAAUACGACCAAAUUGCAAGGUGAUCGUGUGGAAUUAGUUUGUGAAGCACGUGCAUUACCAUCGAAUGUAACAUAUCGUUGGUUUCAUGAUGGCCAAGAAAUUGGUCAUGUACCGUGGCAAGAAUCACGAUUUGUUAUUAAACCAGGAAUGUUGGUUAUAAAUCCAAGUGUCGCAGAAGAUUCUGGCCAUUAUACAUGUGAAGUAUCCAAUGGUAUUGGAUCACCAGAUACUGCAUCUGCUUAUCUAAAUAUUGAAUUUCCGGCACGUGUUUAUUAUUCACCAACAAUUCAAUAUCUACCUCUUGGCCUAUCCGGUAUCAUACGAUGUUUCAUACAAGCAUCACCAUCAUUUCAAUUUGUCACGUGGACAAAAGAUCGACGACCAUUCGAUCCGAAUGCAACUCCCGAUGUAUCGACCAUUAAUAAUGGUUCUUUAUUAUUUCAUAAAGUUAGCCUUGAACAUCAAGGUAUUUAUCGUUGUACACCAUAUAAUGUUCAUGGUACAGCUGAAUCAUCACAACCAAUGGAGGUUUUGGUUAGAGAUCCACCAGUAUUUACUCGUAAACCAAAAGAUCAAUAUGUUCGUGCCGUAAAUGAUGAAGUAUCGAUUUCAUGUGAUGGUACCGGUCAGCCAAAACCAAAUAUUUAUUGGCGUAAAGCAGAUGGUACAAAAUUAUCACCACGUGAACGUACUACCAUUCGAUCUGGUAAUAUAACGAUAAAAUUAUUGAAAAAAGAAGAUCAUGGCCGAUAUGAAUGUGUAUUGGAGAAUGAGAUUGUGGCCAUCAGUGUACCUACGUUGCUUAUCAUCAAUAACACAACACCACAUACACCAACAAAUGUAUCAGUGAAUACAAGUUAUUUUGCUGCCACCAUACAAUGGGAACCAAAUUAUAAUGGUGGCUAUGAACAAACAUUUCAUCUUAGUUAUCGUAUUUCUGAUCAAGGCGAUGCCGAAUGGAAAACGAUACGUGUACCACCGCCGGAGACCACCAACACAUUCACUCUAUAUAAUCUACAAUCAGAUAAUGAAUAUGAAUUUCAAGUUUAUGCAACAAAUCGUCUUGGAGCUGGACAGCCAUCACCAAUUAUUAGAGCAUCUACUAAACCUUGGAGCUUUGGAGAAAAAAUCUAUCCAACCGAUGCAUCCGGAGCAACAUAUAUACCGACUGUUCAAAAACCUUCAGGACCAAAACCGGAUGCACCAAGGAAUCUAACAUUUCAACGUAUGGCACAAGGAUGGGUAUUAUCAUGGCAUCCACCAUUAAAUAUAACCGUUGCCGUUGCCUAUUAUCGUGUUGAAUAUCGUCGUGAUGAUGAUUCAUGGAUGUAUACCGAUCCUAUUCCUUAUGAUACAGCAUAUCUUUUUGAAAAACUUGAAUCAAAUAGCCAUUAUAUAUUCCGUGUUUGGGCCUAUUCAAUACUUGGUGUUGGUGAAGUUAGCCCAAUGAUUGAAGUGAAUAUUGAAGAUUAUGAUCACAAUGAUUCACAGUUACAUUUUCGUGCAAUGAUUGCCAGUAUAAUCGGUGGUUUUAUAUUCUUUUCAAUGUCCAUUGUGUUAAUAUUAUGUAUGGUUAAAGUUUGUAAUAAAAAAAAGCGAAGAAAAAUUGAAAAAUCCUAUGUAAUGGUUACAUGUCCAGUGAAUGGUAAUGCCUGUUAUAAUGAUAAUUCAAUGCCUUCCAAACAACAUAAUAAUAUUUAUAGUAAAAACAUAUUGAUCGAUUAUAUUCAUCGUUUAAAUAUAUGGCCAUUGUCAAACAAAACAAAAAACAAAAAUAGAUAUAUCCCGUGUAGCGACAGCAUCAUUGGACAACAGUACUACAACGACAAAUACUACAGGGACUACUGGCAGCGAUCAGCCAUUAAUACCAACAAUACAUCAUCAACAACAACAGCAAUCAUCAAUAAACAGCAACAGCAACAGCAGCAACAACAACAACAACAAUCACGAACAUUCGAUGGCCAUUGCACCGGUAAUACCACCAUUACCGACGAGUAUGAUACACAUGGCCGACAAUCAUCAUCAACAACAACAAACCCCCACAUGGCCAAAUGUUUUAAUACACAACAACAACAAUCGUUAUCCAUCAAUGGUUGGCAUCGGUCCAAUGCAAUCCAAUCAUCAUCAUCAAACAACCAUGAUACGAUCACCAUACAGCCACAUCCACAAUCACCAUCAUCAUUAUCAUAUAGAACCAGGAUCAAUAACACCAACACCAUCACCAACAUACACAUCCCAUACGGCAACAACGACAGAAAGUUCAUCAACGACAACAGCAAUGAUGAUGAUGACGGGAACAACAACAUUACCGAUCACGUCGACAAUCAUGGACAACAACAAUAUUGGCAUAUCGAUCGACCAAACAACCGCAACAACAACGCUGGCAACACCUUUAUCGCCACGUAUGAUGACCAACACCACCACCACCACCAACACAGCUACACCAAUCACACAUCGAUUAAGCAUCAACAACAACAAUCAUAUACAUUAUGUAAACCAACAUUUCAAUCACGAUCAUUAUCCGUCCCAAGACGACGGAAUCCUAUGAUGAAUAUGGAACAUGUUUCAAUGAUGAUGAUGAUAGAUAAACAGCAACAACGACCAUCAACAAUGAUUGAUUCGAAUGAUCAACAAAAUGAUCGUUCAGCAUCAUCAUUAUUAUUAUUUCAACAACAACCACCAUCAAUACGUGGUUCAUUCCGUAGUGAUGGUAGUGGUCAAAGUCAAACAUGUCGACCAUUUUCACAGCAAUCAUUUAAUUGGAUCGAAAAUCAUAAUAGUACCAAUGUCGAUCAUCAUAAUAUAAUGACUUCAGAUUAUUUAUUUAAACCUGUUCAUCGUCAUCAUCAUCUAAAUCAUUCAGAUCAUCAUUCAGAUUCGAUAUCGAUGAUAUCGAAUAGUAUUGUUGGUAGUGGUCACCAUCAACAACAACAACAUCAUCACCAUCAUCAUUAUUAUUAUCAUCCACAUCCAUAUAAUACACAUCAUUGCCAUCAACAACAACAGCCAAUCAAUAGUAUUUAUCAACCAGGUGAUAAUCGUUUUCAUCAUCAUCGUCAUCAAUCACCGAAAGAAUUUGAAAUGAUGAUUAAAGAUGAAACUAUUAUUCCUCCGAUCGAUUCGGAACAUCUUCGAGAAUUGCCGGCAUUGAAACCGAUUUAUAAUUAUCCAAAUAAUCAACCAUUUCAUCGUGCAACUUCAUCUGACAAUAAUCUGUUCAGGGCAACUGUUCCGAUAAUGCAACGAAAUUGGAUUCUAUCAAGACGACCGAAAUUGGAACCAGUACCAGAAGCUAUUUAUGAUUAUUCAACAGUUCAACCAUCACAACCUCCACUUAAACUGCCACCAAGAUCACCACGAACGAUGACAAAAUAUCAAAGUCCAUAUCAGAAUCUACCUAUUCCACGGCAUUUACUUACGGAAACGCUUGGACCAAAACCAAAUUCUCGUAAUAAUAAACAAAAAACAACGGAUAAAACUGAAAACAGCAGCCAAACAUCAUCAUCAUCAGACGGACAAAAAUCAUCAACAACUGGCUAUACUCGAGAUAAAUUACUUGGUGCAGUAGAAAAAGUUCGUAGUGGACAAUAUCUACUUAUUAAUCGUGAUUCACCAUAUAGACAUUCAUUUGAAGGAGGAUCGCUUACGAAAACAUAUCAUCCAUCAUCUAGUCAACAAAUAAACAAUCAUAAUCAACCAGUUCCUCACAAUCGAACAAUACCUCAUCAUAAUAACGUAAUAAUGGAACAACCACCUCGACCACCACCUCGUAAAAAUCGGCAAAUUGUUGAUCAUUCCAAUCAACAAUCUACUAUGGCACAAUAUGAUUCACCUGGACAAAGUUCAGGUAUAUCGGCUGAAGAAGAACAUCGUAUUAAUCAAUUUGACGAACAUUUUCAACAUCAUCAAUCGAUGGAAGAAAAUAUAUCAGCAGAUGAAAAUUAUGAAUUUGAUCAUAAAGAAUUGAAAUCCGCUGGCCAUUAUCAUCAUCAUCAUCAAAGAACUAGAUCAAAUCCGGUUGCCAUACCAACUUUACCACCAACGAGACAAUUACAAUCAUUAACAUCACAAUAUUAUUCAUAUCGUGCACCGAAAAAUAUGUCCAUUACAGAUAUUGAACGAAGAUGUCUCGCGUUACGGCAAGAAUUUCUUCAUUUUCGUCAACGACAAGAGCAAUUAAAACAACAACAUUUACAAUCCAUAGCACGAAAUGAGCAUAACAUUGUGAAACCUAGGUAUUAUCGUCCGAUUUCAUCUAUUGAUAAUUGUUCAGCUACCAUCAUCAAUUAUGAUGAUGAACUAAACAUAACUCCAUCAUCAUCAUCGGAUGGAUUUGAAAGUCUUUGCUAAAAAACAUAUCACAUAAAAC